GGUCGCGCCCGAGCCCGAGCCAGAUCCCACAGUCGCCGCCGUCCCUCUGCCCGCCACAGCCGCAGAGGAGCCAGCCGCGCCGCGAGCCGGCGACGCAGGUGUCGGGCCCCGAGCGCCGAGCCUGGGAGCAUGAUCGUGGACGACGGCUGCGCCGGAGAGGGGCUGCUGGACGCGGCUGGCGACUGUGGUCUCAUGACCAGCCCGCUCAACCUCGCCUACUUCUUCGGCGCCUCGCCGCCCGCCGCUGCCGCCCCGGGCGCCUGCGACUCCGGCUGCGCUUCGUCGGGGCCCUCGGCUCCCGGCUCGCCUGCAUCCGACUCCUCCGACUUAUCCGCCUCUUCCGCGUCCUCCUGCGGGGCGGUCGAGUCCCGGCCCAGAGGCGGCCACCGCGCCGAGCGCCUCCAAGUGGAGCCCCAUAUGGGGGUUGGCAGGCAACAGAGAGGACCCUUUCAAGGUGUUCGUGUGAAGAACUCAGUGAAGGAACUCUUGCUGCACAUCCGAAGUCAUAAACAGAAGGUUUCUGGCCAAGCUGUGGAUGAUUUUAAGACACAAAGUGUGAACACUGAGCAAUUCCCAGAAUUGAAGAACCCAGUAUCAUACAGUGGGAAAAGGAAAGGACCUGAUUUUUCAACUGAUGGACCAGCUUGCAAAAGGCCACCCCUGUUGCAUACCCAGUUUCUGACACCACCUCAAACACCAACGCCUGACGAGAGCAUGGAAGAUGUUAAUCACGAUGAAUCUAAACCGGACAGCAGUGCUGAUCUGCUUCAGAACAUUAUAAACAUUAAGAACGAAUGCAGCUCAGUUUCCCUGAACACAGUCCAAGUUAGCUGGAUGAGUUCUGUGGUACCCCAGAGCUCCCCCCGAGAGCAGUGUCAAGACUUCCAUGGAGGGCAGGUCUUCUCUUCACCUCAGAAGUAUCAAGUGUUCCAAGUCAGCAGCUCUGCACAAGUGAUGGACCAGGCCUCCAUGUACCAGUAUUCUCCACAGAGCCAGAACAUAGAGCAGCAGCAGCAGUACACCCACAACCCAGCUCUGGAAUAUAGCCCUUACUUUACAACUUCCCAGUCCCCCAGCUGUGAACCAAAUCUCUCUGACAGUCAAGAACCACAGUUCUGUCCAAACCAAAGUUUCACAUCUCUCCUAAGUGGUCAUGGGGAAUCUGAGAAUAUUGCUGUUCCCAUUCAGACUUCCCUCAGUGUCCAGCAGCAGAAUGAUGCUCACUUGCAGAACUUCAACCUGAUCUCAGACAGUGCCUGUGGGUCCAUGGGGGCACACAGUACAGGCUGUACCUCUUUAAGCACUUCACUGCCAUUCCCGAACAUCAUCGGAAGUCCAAUGAACACCACUCAGUUAGGGAAGUCAUUUUUUCAGUGGCAAGUAGAGCAAGAAGAAAGCAAGUUGGCAAAUAUUUCUCAAGACCAGUUUCUUUCAAAGGACGCAGAUGGUGACACUUUUCUCCAUAUUGCUGUUGCCCAAGGGAGAAGAGCACUUUCCUAUGUUCUUGCAAGAAAGAUGAAUGUACUUCACAUGCUAGAUAUUAAAGAGCACAAUGGACAGAGUGCCUUUCAGGUUGCAGUGGCUGCCAAUCAGCAUCUCAUCGUGCAGGAUCUGGUAAACCUUGGGGCCCAGGUGAACACCACAGACUGCUGGGGAAGAACACCUCUGCAUGUUUGUGCCGAGAAGGGACACUCCCAGGUGCUUCAGGCGAUUCAAAAGGGAGUAGUGAGGAGCAAUCAGUUUGUGGAUCUUGAGGCAACUAACUAUGAUGGCUUGACUCCUCUCCAUUGUGCAGUCGUGGCCCACAAUGCUGUAGUGCAUGAACUCCAGAAAAAUCAACAGCCUCAUUCACCUGAAGUUCAGGAGCUUUUACUGAAGAAUAAGAGUCUGGUUGACACCAUUAAGUGUCUGAUUCAAAUGGGAGCAUCAGUGGAAGCAAAGGAUCGUAAAAGUGGCCGCACAGCCCUGCAUUUGGCAGCUGAAGAAGCAAAUUUGGAACUUAUCCGCCUCUUUUUGGAGCUGCCCAGUUGCCUGUCUUUUGUUAAUGCAAAGGCUUACAAUGGAAACACCGCCCUCCACGUUGCUGCCAGCCUGCAGUACCGGGUUACACAGUUGGAUGCUGUCCGCCUGUUGAUGAGAAAGGGUGCAGACCCAAGUACCCGGAACUUGGAAAAUGAACAGCCUGUGCAUUUGGUUCCUGAUGGCCCUGUGGGAGAACAGAUCCGACGUAUCCUGAAGGGAAAGUCCAUUCAGCAGAGAACAGCACUGUAUUAGCUCCAUUGAUUUGGAGCCUGGUCGGCAACCCUCACUGUCAGUUAGGCAGUCCUAAUGUAUCUGUACAUAGACCAUUUGCCUUGUACUGGCAAAUGUAAGUUGUUUCUAUGAAACAAACAUAUUUAGUUCACUAUUGUAUAGUGGGUUAUAUUAAAAGAAAAGAAAUAUGUCUAAUUUUUUUUGGCAGAUUUGCAUAUUUCAUACCUAGGUAUUUGGGAUCUAGACAUUUGAAUUUGAUAUGCGUGGUAAAAUUACCUUAAAUUAACAGUAGUGUUUGGAUAGGAAAAGACUUUGAUUUGUGGUAUAAGGGCAUUGCUCAUGUAGCUAGUGCCAGUUGCAAAGCAGAAGAAUAGUAAAUGUUUCUUUAAGAAAAAAUGAAAGCAUUUGAAAGGGAAAAAAAUAAUCUGGAUAUAGGGCUUAGGGUUCUUUUGGCCUGGCACUUAUUGACAUUGACAAGUUUCUAGUCAUUGGACUAAAUGAAAAGGCAUCUUGGUUAGGAUUUGACCUUUGCAAACUGUAUGAGUUGUUACUUUUGUUUUUAAAAAUACUGUACAUAUUUGGUCAAUAACAUGGACGUUUGAAAUGUGUAAAUCAGUAAAUAGUAAAGAAAUGAACUGUCACUACUUUUUAAAAUUGUACACAUAUAAAGGAGCUAUUAGUUUGUAAUCACCCAACUAAAAUCUCUGUAGAUAUGGCAAAGGGGGACUUGGUCCCUAAUUAGCUGAAAGAACUACCAGUAUGUUUGAAUUGUAAAAUAUGCUUCUCAUGGAUUAAAAUGAGACACAUUGUUGUAGAUUAUUGCAUGUUUUUGAAGAGAAGUUCUUUAUGGCUUGCUUACCUUCUAGAAUUUAUAAGUUCUUUUGAAAUUUUGUUUUUUAUCUUUAUAUUGAAACAUGUCUUCCUAUUUUCAGUUGUCAAUUAAUGGUAAUGUUUCAUGAUGUUCAUCUUAUCAUUUAAAAAUGUUUUAUUUUUUGAAUGUUAAUUCUGUUAACAUUGUUUUGCUUAUGUCUGGUAUGCCCCAAGGAAUAUAUUUGGCUUGAUUGCACACUGAUUAUGAUAAAUAUGAUUAAUUAAAAGUAUUUUUUAAAAAAUGA